AUGGCCCCUUAUAUAGCAGACAUGACAGCAGAGGAAGCCCUGGGCCCAUGGGUGUCCAGACCUGUGGGAGACGUCAAGUUAGUACCUGAACACAAGUUGGAGGAGGAACUCAACAGCUGCAACCAGGAAGCAAUGCACACAGACAUGCCCACUGAGGAAUGUUCAGCAAUCAGUGAUAGUCUGUGCAGCGAGGAGCCAUUCUGUAGGAUCUGCCAUGAAGGCAAGUCCUCAGGAGAGCUGCUGUCCCCCUGCGAGUGCUCUGGUAGCCUGGCCAUGGUGCACCGGGCCUGUCUGGAGCACUGGCUCACCGCCUCCAAUAGUGGCCACUGUGAACUCUGCCACCACCAGUUUGCACUGGAGCGCCUGCCAAAACCUCUUACUGAGUGGUUGUGUUCUCCAUCCAUGCAACAGCAGAGGAGGACGCUGUGUGGUGAUGCAGUGUGUUUCCUGUUCAUCACGCCACUGGCCAGCCUAUCAGGAUGGCUGUGUGUUCAGGGAGCUAUGGACCUCUAUUGGACCAACGGCAUGGAGGCCCUGGGCCUGCUGAUCCUCACACUGGCCCUCUUCACCAUAUACGUCUUCUGGACAGUGGUAUCUGUGCGCUACCACAUGCAUCUGUUCAAGACGUGGAAGAAGACUGAGCAGAGAGUGCGACUGCAGAUUCCCCUGCCUGCCCACAGCCCGACCAGCCAACAGACCCUGUCCAUAGACACCCUCUGCAAAUCCACCAACAAAGAGACUAUGGUGUAGACUCCAGUCUACAGUACUGAACAUACCUCUUAUAUAAGGGCAGAGGGGAACAAAGCUCUGGAAGAUUCCUUUAUGGCCCUGAGGACUGUUUCACCAGCCUCUGGAACCUUUUGCUGGAACAAUUGUGUCAAAGGAGCAAAUUUAAAACUCCUCCCAUCUCUGGAGUCUGACUAACAGUGACGAAAACUGUCUUGUGACACUGUCUGAGUAUCAAAAGAGUCAUUCUGCCAACUGAGGACAUGUUCAGCAUUUUUUAGAGCCUACAUUGACAAUGAGUAUCCUUUUUUCUGAAGACAAUGAAGUCUGGUCUAAUCUGACGAUCCACUUAUUUUUCCUCUACAUGGAAUAAACUCAACUGACGAUAUUCUGUUGCAACUUUGCAGUUGUAAUAUUGUCAAUGCAAGUGUGUUUAUGAGAAGGACAAAAAGUCAGGGAAUGUUUUAGCUCGGGCACGUCAUUCAUAGGACAGUCCAUUAUUUUACACACAAAUGCUCUGCUCAUUAUUAAUGCCACCGCUGAUGUUAAAGGGUUUAGUGGCAUCUGGACUUGCAAAGAUUUAGUUUGUCCAGGUUUUGACAAACAAUACCAGUCAAAAGUUUGGA